UCUUUUCGCCGAUGGACCUCGUGGCCUGCGUGCUGGUUCUCAGCGUCGUCGCCGCCUCGGGCGCCGUCAACCUUACGAUUGAUGGUAGCAGCUCCUUCGACAAGGCGACCAACCACCUUGUGAACGCGACGGUGCACGGCCACGUGCCGCCGAGCAUCCUCGCGGGCGCCGGCAUUGGCCUCGGCUUGAUCGUGGCGCUGGCCGGCUACCGGCUCUUCCGGCCCGUGCUCUUCCUCAGCGGCUUUGGCGUCGGCGCGGUCCUUGCGUACCUUCUGGCCGAAGCCAUCUUUACGACGCAGUCGUUCGCGACGACCGCGCACUGGGUCUGCUUUCUUGCGGGCGGCAUCGUCGUCGGCGCGACGGUCCUCUGCCUCUGGCGCACGGGGCUCGUUGUCAUCGGCGCCGCCGCCGGCGUCCUCCUCGCCUUUGUCCUCAACACAUCCUUUGGCUACAAGCUAUGGCCGUCCAACCCGUCUGGCAUGCUCUAUGUGCUCAUCGCGGUCCUCGGACUCGCCGGUGCGCUUCUUGCGCGCUGCCUCGAGCGGCCGGUCUUGAUUCUCGCGACGAGCUUCACUGGCGCGGUCGCGUGCCUCUGGGGCGUUGGGUACUUUGCGGGCGGGUACCCCAGCGGCAACCACCUCGAAGCGCUGCGCCAUCGAGCCGCAUCCGGGCACUACUCGUACGACAUUGGCAGCGCGUGGUGGGGCUACAUGGCCGGUACCACCGUCCUCUUCGUCGUCGGCACCGUCGUCCAGUUUCGCAAGACCGCAGUCGGGUGGCACCACGCGCCAGCCUCCAGCGACGAGAGCGCCUACGUGGGCUGUAGCAGCCCCGUGCAUGGCCGACGCCCGAUCCCGUAGCUUUCCGCCCACAUAUUGCCGUUCCGAAUUCAUGUCAUAGCUUAUGCCCGCCGA